CUGCCAUGUCUAAAAUAAUCAUGUGUAAUUUAAACUUAUUUUUAAAGUUAACGUAAAUUAUAAGUGAACAAACAUACCUAAUAUUGCUCAUAAAGUACAUACUCGCAAAAUAAAUAUAUAAUUUGAUACGAUACGAUACGAUACCACCAUUUUUCGUAGCCUGGCAAAUUAAAUUUCUCCAGAAAAAAAAAAAAACAAAAUGGCGUUACCUUCUGCGCUGUUUGGACUCGGACAGACCAAUUUAUUUUCUCUUUAAAUGGAUAGAAUGAAGUCAUACAACAGUUGAAUUAUUUUCUUGUUUGAUGUGACUUCGUUUAAAAAAUUGCCAAAAUGUGGCACGAGGCUAGAAAGCAGGAGAAGAUGAUCCGGGGGAUGAUAGUGGACUACAGAAGGCGAGCCGAGCGUCGAAAAGAUUUCUACGAGAAGAUUAAAGCUGAGCCAACACAAUUUUUACAACUGCAUGGCAGGCCAUGUAAGAUACACUUGGACCCAGCUAUAGCUGCAGCAGGAGAGGGACCGGCUAUAAUGAUGCCUUGGCAAGGAGAUACAAGCAACAUGAUUGACAGAUUUGAUGUUAGAGCACAUUUAGAUUAUAUCCCGGAAGUGAAAAAUCCAUUCGUUGCCCCUGAAGAUUUGAGCCAAGAAGAGAGGCAAUGUAACUAUGAAAGUUACAGAAUUCUGGCACAGAAUGCGUUUCUUGGAAUAAGUGAAGAAAAAUUCCUUCAACAAUUAGCAAUUGAAGAACAAUUUGGUGUAACUAUUGAGGAAAAGGAAAUGCAAAAAGAGAGGUUAAAUGAAAAGAAAGGAACGGGUGCUGCUAUAGGAUACAAUUAUAAUGACCCCGGAGCACAACCAUCUUGCUCCAACCUUACUGGCCCUGACAUAAAAAAAACAGAACAGCAGGAGGAUUCAGAUGAUGACUCUGAUCUGGAAAUCAUUGAUGUGGAUCUGAGUAUCGAUGUCAACAAGAUGGAGGCUUCACAGGCUCAUGAGUUGAACAGCGUGGGUCCACUGUUCGGCAUGGCGGGCUGCGACCUGUUCUCGUUCCUCACGGGCGACGCUGAUGACGCUGAACAUCAGAAGCAGCUGCUGAGGGAGGAAAAGGAGAAAGCCAUGUUCUCAGGCCGGAAGAGUCGGAAGGAGAGGAGAGCUCAUCGGGAUAAGAAGCUGCAGCAUCGUGUAGUGAGCCCGCCGGCGUACGCAGCGCCCCGCGCGGCCGCGGAGCCGGCGCGCUCCGUCAGCCGCUCCGCCAGCCGCAGCCCCGAGCCCGCGCCGCAGAUACAGUUCAUCACCUCCUUCGGCCAGGACGACGACGAGGUCAAACCCCCCCCUCCAAUUAAACCUCUGUAUGCUGAUAAAUUGAAACAGAACCUGAAACCGGAACUACUGUAUUCUGAUGUUGCUAGAAAACCACCAGCAAGGUCUCCGCCACAAUACGAUGAUUACCAAGGCCCGCGGCCGUUUAUGGGCCCGCACCGGCCCCGCUCCCGCUCGCGCUCGUACUCGCGCUCCGUCUCCCGCUCCCGUUCCCGCUCCCGCUCACGGUCGCGGUCUCGGUCUCGGUCGCGGUCGCGGUCGCGGUCCCGCUACUCGUCCUCGAGGUCGCGCUCCUACAGCCCCCAGCGGAGGUCGCGGUCCUCCUCGAGGCCGCGCCAAUACAGAAACAGACGAUCUAGAAGCCCGCCCAAUUACGGUAAACGUAAUCGCUCGAGGUCCAUGUCCUACGAAAGCAACGAGUUGGGCGCGGCGCAGGCGGCGGUGCCGCGGUACUACGGGCGGCGCAAGGAGGACAAGUCCUCCAGCGACCUCUCGCUCGACUCCGACUCCAGCGACGCGCCCGACGAUGGGAAACGCACGUCGGCGGUUAAAUCCAACACAAACCAGAAUCAGUUACGAUUAACUGGAUCCAGCUCCAAAGGCUCAUCGCGGCAAACGAAUUCCCUCAAGGAAAAGCUCAAAAAGAAGAUGCAGGCUCAAUUAUCAAGGCAACUGCGCGCCGACAAGCGGGCUGAGGCGGAGCGCGUGGCGCGCGAGGCGCGGCGCCAGGCGCGGCGCGACGACGAGAUGCGCGAGCUCGCCAUCAAGCUGCGCCGCAAGCAACGUGAAAUGCGUCAUCAGCAAAACAGACGGUCUAGUGAUGAUGACUCGGAUGCAAGUCAUAGUGGAUCGUCAAGAGAUUCGCCAACGCAAGAAAAGAAGAAAGACGAGGGUAGUCGCUCGAAAAGCUCCUCGCCGACGCCAAAGAAGAUACCGGUCUGGGAAACUAACAGGGACGCCCCCAGGGUCCCGCCCGACUACAGGGACGCCCCCAGGGCUCCGCCCGACUACAGGGACGCCCCCAGGGUCCCGCCCGACUACAGGGACAGGUACGACGCCGGGGAGGGCUCGCAGUACCGAUACCAACACGACAGCUUCGACCGCCCGCCGCCGCCCCACCCGCCCCCAAGGUACCCCGGCAGGGACUACCAGGCUCGCGGCUACGACGGCCGACCGGAUCACAGCACGUACGACCAACAGCCGAGCAGAUGGGACCAGAACAGCUACUCGGCGGCGCGGCGGCGGCCGUGCGGGCCCCGGGGCGGGCCCGGCGGACCCGGCGGACCCGGCGGACCCGGCGGGCCCGGGCCGCUCCCGCCGGCCGCCUGGCGCGCGCGGCCGCCGCCGCCCCGCCACCCGCCGCCGCCGCCCGACCACGAGCGGGAGCGCGACACCUCCACCACCUAUAAGAGCAAAGUCAAGCUUGUCGACUAUUAGGCUUUCCCGAGUUUGUAAACACGAUGCCAAAUUAGAUGAUUAUGAAAUCGUUACAUUCAUAUCACUAGAGAUUUCAUGUGUAUUUCCCUAUAUUUCCAUAUAAGGGAAAUACGUUCCCUUUCCGUUCAUUUUGGAUGCUUUUCGAGAUGUUGUCCAUAUUUAAACAUUUCGACCGCCUCUCUUUCGCGGACACGUUUCUGAUGAAUCUGUUGUGGCUUUUCGAAUAUUUAGUAGAGAGAAUAUUUCUACCGAAUAAGGUAAAAGUUAUCGACAACUUCUACGAAAAAGUGUCCACGAAAAUGAUUCCGAACCAAAUUAAAAAUAUGCAAUUCCAAUUUUUUUUUGCAUUUCAGUACUGUCACCUAGCUAGAAGUUAAAUAAGCUCCGUAUAUCGAUCGAUUCGCUUUGAACGCUGUACAUGAUAAACAAAAACGUCACACGCCCCGACCUGGUAGCUUGAGUUGCACUCCGCGCGCGACUCCAUACAUCUUUUGCAACUUCAAGUACCUAUAGACUCGCGCGCGAGAAUCAACUCGUUCCGGUCAGGUCUCGGACGCAAGCGAACUAAUGCGAACCUUGAAAGUGUUGACAGUGUAAGCCAUAACACCUAGUUGUCCAUGGCGCUGUGGACACGACUAGUUAUGACGACUUUAGGUGUUCUUGGCGUUAAAAAAGGUUAAAAUUAAUUGAAAAAACCAUGGGCUUAGUUACCGUUUUGGACGCUGUAUGUUUCUUUACACACAACCAUAUUACAUUAAAAAUAGUAUGUGUUCAAAAGUUUACUGCACUUGUCAAAGUCUAACACAUAUGUUUAUGAGUAGAAAGAGUAUACAAUUAUUACUUAGUUAUUGUAAUUAACGGAAGAAAGUACUACAUUAUAUGCCUUGUUAUAAAACUUACGUGAUUCGUAUUUUUCACCUUCAGACUUGUGUAAAUAUUUCAAACACCAUUUUUAUUUUAGUAAUAAUAUAAGCAGCUUUUAUUAUCUAUUGUCAGUCUUAAAUAAAUACACUAGUUCAUUUAUAAAAA